GGCUUGGCUUGGAAAAUUACUGGUUUGGACGCCAUUCCAUGGCCCUUCCAAUUCAGGUACUUUUGUUUAUGUUGGUAAUGGUCUACCAAUUUCAGUAGAGAAGUUGGUUAUGUACCUUCCUUUACCGCCUACAAGCUUGGCUUGGAAAAUUACUGGUUUGGAUGCCAUUCCAUGGCCCUUCCAAUUCAGGUACUUUUGUUCGUGUUGGUAA